AAGCGCAAUACACCAUAUGCUGCGGUGCACCGCGAAGGAUCCGCGAGCUAUAAAUACCCCUUAGCCCCUAUGCAAGCUACCACCACAACCACCUCUCCCGACCAUCACCACCCUCCGCCUUCUCCUCCUCAACUCCCCUCGGCUACCACCACCAAUGGAAUUACCAUCAUGGGCCUCAUAUCUAGCAACCGUACUAGCAUCCAUCCUCCUCCUCCUCCAACCCCUCUUCUUACGGCGCCGUCGCCACCGUAAACCAAACCUCCCCCCUGGCCCAAAGCCAUGGCCCGUCAUCGGAAACCUCAACCUCAUCGGUUCCCUCCCCCACCGCUCCCUCCACGCCCUCUCCCACAAGUACGGCCCCCUCAUGCACCUUUACUUCGGCUCCUUUCCGGUCAUCGUCGCCUCCUCCGUCGACAUGGCUAAGCUCAUCCUCAAGACCCAUGAUGUCACCUUCUGCGGUCGCCCAAAGACCGCCGCCGGCAGGUACACCACCUACAACUACUCCAACAUCACUUGGUCCCAGUACGGCGCCUACUGGCGCCAGGCUCGCAAGAUGUGCGUGAUGGAGCUCUUCAGUGCGAGAAGGCUGGACUCCUAUGAGUACAUAAGAGUGGAGGAGGCCAAGAACCUCCUCCGGGACCUCUUCAACUCCUCAGGGAGGCCUGUUAACCUCAAGGACCACCUCUCAAACGUCAGUCUCAAUGUCAUAAGCCGAAUGGUUCUGGGGAAGAAGUAUUUGGACGAGUCCGAGGAUGCGGUGGUGUCGCCGGAGGAGUUCAAGGCGAUGCUGGACGAGCUCUUCUUGCUUAACGGCGUCAUGAACAUCGGAGAUUCGAUGCCAUGGCUGGAUUUCUUGGACUUGCAGGGGUAUAUCAGGAGGAUGAAGAAGCUGGGAAAGAAGUUCGAUAGGUUCCUCGAGCAUGUGGUGGAUGAACACAACGAGAGGCGGCGGCGCGAGGGGGAGAAGUUUGUGGCCAGGGACAUGGUCGAUGUUCUUCUGCAGCUUGCCGACGAUCCCACCUUGGAGGUCAAGCUUGAGAGGCGUGGUGUCAAGGCGUUCACUCAG